AUGGAGAACUAUAAGAAAACCAAAAUUGUGGAGAAACCUUGUCCUCUUCCUUUCACUGACCUGCCCCCUGAUAUUAUUGAAAUGAAAGUGAAGGACGGGAGCAAAAUCAGAAAUCUGAUGGGCUAUGCCAUCGGCAAGAUGGAGCUGGACUCGGUGAGGCAGAUCCUUUUCACUGGUUCAGGCAAGGCCGUCAGCAAGACCAUCACCUGUGUGGAGAUCAUGAAACGAAGGCUCAAAGAGCUGCACCAGAUCACCAAAGUGCUCUUCAAACAGAUCGAAGAGAUCUGGGAACCCAUUGUGCCUGAGGCAGGCCUCGAUGCCUUGACAGUGAAGAGAAACAUUCCUGCCAUAUGUGUCCUACUCAGCAAAGACGCCCUCGAUCCUCAGGAGCCGGGAUACCAGGCUCCUGGCUCUUUUGACGCCUUCUGGAUUGAGACACUUAAAGCGGAGUCACAGGGCCAAAUGAAGAGGAAGCAGGGUGGAGGCAGGGGAGCUAGCAGCACGGGAAAGCACCCUCGGUCCGCUGGAGGAGGGCCUGGGGAGUCCUGCGCCAAGUCCUGA